AGGGAGGGAGGCUGGCUCCAGAGGAGGGAGGAGAGCAGAGAGGAGAGGGAGCGAGCUCUGCCCUCGCAGCUGAGCCGCACGCACCGACCGGGGCGAAGCCGGAGCCGCUGCAGCCGCUGAAGGCUCCCAGGGGCUCUGAGAAAGCACCAGCUUCCCCAGGUUGUCCUUGGGAGGUGGCAAAGCUCUGUCCCUGCUGGAGCUGCUGACCACUGUCACCAACCAAACAUGCAGAGGGCGUGAGAGCCCACAGGACCUGACCCAAUGGUCACUCAGAGGAAAGGAGAAGGCAAGAAAGGAAAAGAAUCUCUUGAGAUCCACCAGCAGCUGCCACGGGGCUUUGGCUCCAGCACUGAGCUCCCAGAGGGGACCAACAGGCACAAAUGAGUUGCAGUGCCACAUCUUUCCUAGGCCAUGUCAUUCCCAGCACACAAGGCUGAACGUGUGAAGUGACUCUGCAAUGUUCUCCAAGAUCACUGUAGAACAAGGGUCACGUUGGGAAGGGCUCUAGGCUGCCUGGUCCAGCCUCACUCCAAGCAGCUUUGGAGCUGAUGAGAGCAGGACUGCUCCACCCUUGCAGCGACACCAUGGAUCCAUGUUACAACCACACAAGCUCUCAAAAAAGGAUGGACUUCCCCCUGCAGCUGCUGGUCGGGUUCUUCCUCACCAUCCUCAUCCUGAUCACUCUCUGUGGUAACAUCAUCGUCUGCCUGGCCGUCACCCUGGACCGCCGGCUCCGGAGCUUGACAAACCGCAUCAUCGUCUCCUUGGCCAUCACAGACCUGCUGCUGGGGCUUCUGGUGCUGCCAUUCUCUGCCCUCUACGAGCUCACCAAGGAGUGGCCCUUUGGCAGCGUCUUGUGCAACAUCUACACCAGCCUGGACGUCAUGCUGUGCACGGCCUCCAUCCUCAACCUCCUCAUGAUCAGCCUGGACCGCUACUUCGCUGUCACCACCCCGCUCCGCUACUGCCAGGUGGUCACUCCCUCCCGGGUGGCCGUGGGUUUGGCUGUCAUUUGGACCGUUUCACUGAUGGUCUCCUUCCUACCCAUCCACCUGGGCUGGAACACCAACGGGACAGCAGUGCAAAACACAGACCCCACCUGCCACAAGGAGUGCAUGCUGGCAGUGAACCUCGUGUACGGGUUAGUGGACGGCUUGCUCACCUUCUACAUCCCUCUGGUCAUCAUGUGCAUCACCUACUACCGGAUCCUCAAGAUAGCCAGGGAGCAAGCCAAGAGGAUAAACCACACGUGGGGCAGCGCGCCCAUGCCACCCAUGGUGAAAGAGCACAAAGCCACCGUGACGCUGGCGGUGGUGCUGGGCGCCUUCAUCGUGUGCUGGCUGCCCUACUUCACCAUGUUCAUCUACCGGGGCGUGUGGGGGGACAGCAGGAUCAAAGGCACGCCCAUGUCCAUUGUGCUCUGGCUGGGCUAUGCCAACUCAGCCCUGAACCCCAUCCUCUACGGGACACUCAACAAGGAUUUCCGAGUGGCAUACCAGCACUUGCUGCGCUGCUGGAGGACAGGACACCCCAGGAACUCCCACCUGCCUCCCCUCCCAAAGGCCCAGCCCAGGGGCAGGCAGGGCCAGGGCAGGCAGGAGGGUAAGCCCUUGAAACUGGAGGUGAGGAAUGAGAAGGGGACUCUGCUCACUGAUGGAGCCCUCAAGAGGAUCCCUGCUCUGGCACAUGGCACCACUCCAUCCCAACACUGCUGGAGAGCCUCUGCCCGCCCAGGUUUCUGCCCGGGAGGGUGCUGGGUUAGAAGAGCCCUCGGAGGAGCUGCAGAAGAACACAUCCCCAUCCUGUCUGGGCAGUGACACUUUCAGCAUCAAGCCCCACAGCAGCAGGAAGAGAUGCCAGAGGAGCUGGGUCAGGAGGCAGAGCAUGCCCUCGGCAGGGCAGGGCAGGGCAGGGAGUGCCUCUCCCAACCCAGGGGUCAGGCUGCAGGGGGAAGGGGCUGGCACUGCUGAGCUCCUGGUGCCAGGCAGACCAGCCUAGGGUGGAGAAAGACAACACAGGCACCACCUUCCUGGUGUCCUUGGGAUGUACCCACCCCUCAGAGGGGAAGGCCCUGCUAAUGGGGUGAGGGGGCUCAGCGUGGGGGGUGUUGGCAGCCACGAGUGCUGGAUGUCUGUGCAAAGAACAUCCCAGUCCCCCAGCAACCACGCUGGGGCAAGGCUGCUGCCCAUCCCUGGGGCUGUUCUUACAGCACACCCCCUGUCCCAGCCCUACUGCAAGGCAAGGAGAAGCCCUGGAGCCUGCUGGGGAGACACUGAGCAGCCAGGGUUUGCCCCAGGCUCUGCCCUCCCGAGAAGGCUCAACACGAAUGUUCCCAAAAGAGAAGAUUUCUGCCCCGAGCCUGUGCAGAAAUCAUCAGUGGUAUAAAAAUCUAUUUAAGACAGAAGGAAAAUGCAAUACUUGAUUUCUGUGGAUGUGCUUUGUCCUGGGAAGAGCC